AUGCUUCUCAACUACAAGAUCCCGAAAAAAAGCAGUGUGGACAGAGCGAAAGCAAGUUCCAGUGACAAUUCAGAGAUCUCGGCUGGAAUGGGGUGUUUACAGGUUGGUGGAAGAAGGAUUUGUACUCAAAACUAUACACUUCAGUUUCAGACACCCACACAAAAUCAAACAUCGGUUUCUGCAAGUUCCUCUUCAAACUUGACCAAUGUAAGUUUUGACCAGACUUCCAAGACUCCGGAUGCUUCUCCUUGAACGUAUUUUUGCCGAAAAAUAUGAAAAACGCGUGCGACAAAGUUGCUAAAACAGAGUAACAGGCUUGCUAUCCAUUGCUCGGCCAGUUUUGAAAAAAUCCCUGUAAUUUUUUGUGAAAUAUUAAAUCGACCGGGCAACAGAAUUUCACGUUUCGGCCACACUGGUCUGAUGUAAAUUUGAUGAGAACUGUAAAUGUUUUGUAGGUUCCGUUGGAUUGCAAUGCGACCACUUGGAGGGUCUACUCACAGCAGAAAACGAACGGUGAACCAACCGACACGUACACUUAUCGUUUAUCGAAAAACAGACAGAAAAGACAGAAAAUGAGUCACAUUACGGUAAGUCUCACGUGCUCAAUUCGUGUACAUAACUUCAAUCGCUUUGAGAAAUACGAGAAAGAGAAAGUCGAAGAGUGGAAGAAAAUGGGUCUUCAUCCAAAAGGAUCCGUGGACCGUUUGCACUUAUCCCAUGUUCUUCAAAUUGAAAAUUACAAGGUUAGUCCGAUAGUUGACAAAGUUUGUUACCCGAAUAACACUAAUAUGCUUCAGAUAACUGGUCAAUACACUGGAAGAAACCGAGUAGAACCAGAGGGAAACCAGAAGCAGUCGAAGCAACGCUUACCUCAUUUGAAGGUAUGUUGAGUGUGCGAAAUCUAUCAAUUCUCGAUUUCAAUUAAAUCAAGUUUUCCAGAAAGAAGACCACCAAGAAGUGAUCCGAUACUUCGCGCAAAUAGGCUUCUGGCCAAGAGGAACCGUGGACCGUGAGCAUUUCAGAAAAAAUUACUUCGAACACGUGAGGAAGGAUCAGGUCAGUUCGACGGGUAACGGUGCUUUUGAUCAGAUUACCCAAUUUUCAGUUCGAUGGUAUCUGUCGAAGGGCACAGAGGAAAUUUUCCCGUUCAACUCAGCGCUUGACCGAUGGAUUGGAGAAGGGAAAGAAAGCAAAACGCUCAGUACAAUGA